CCUGAGUGCUCCUACGGAGAUAUGCGACGCUGGCGAUGCCAUGGCGGAUAUCACACAAGGCUUAUUUGAAUGAGUUUUCGGUCCUCAGGAUUGUGGUCGAUUACGUUGAGAGUGAUGUUGAGGUGGUUGUGAGGAUGGACGCGCUCCGCGACGGGAGAAGGACGCGUUAAGUGGCUCAAAUGUCAGACCCCACCUUGCUUCUUCGACCACUACCUUGCCCCGCCAGCCGAUCAAGCGUCAUCCCUCCAGGCAGAAAGACCUGCAUGAGAUCCGCUUGUCUCUCCUUUCUAGAUACACUAAUCUCACUGCAUCGCGUCUCACACGGUCAUAAAAUGGCACCCUGUCUCCAUACGGGUGCACCAGACCUACUGCCUCCGUCAGCUUCUCAGGCUGUAUAUCGAGAAGACUGCACCCAGUGUUUCGAUUCCAUCGAGGACGAGCCCGGGCUCAAUGUUUGCCUGACCUGUUUCAAUGGUGGAUGUACUGGGCCACGAGACCACGCUCGCUUACACUUUGAACGUUUUGGACACCCUCUCGCAUUAAAUAUCAAAAGGAGGCGUAAAAAUGUCCAGCGAGAAGAACCACCGCAAAAGAUCUCGAAGCUUGCAAUCACUGCGGAGACAGAUGAAGAUCGUUAUGAUACGAGUACCCAGGUUGUUUGCUAUAUCUGCAACCAAGAUAAUGUUGAGAAAUCAAGUGGCAAGCUUCAGGUAUUGAUUGACAGUGUCAUGAAUGCUACGACAUUCUCCAAGAAGGAAGAGAUAAAAGCAUGGGAGCAAGAAUUCGUUCCUUGUGAACAUACCAUUAGCUUGGUUCAACUGGAUCCUAAAAGGGACGAAUCACAAGAUCUCAAUCAAUGCUCGAUGUGUGAUCUGAAGCAGAACCUCUGGUUAUGUUUGAUAUGCGGAAACCUUGGUUGCGGCCGCAGCCAAUUUGGGGGUACCGGGGGCAAUUCACAUGGCCUCGCUCAUUUCGAAGCGACAUCUCACGCCGUUGCAGUGAAGCUGGGCUCAAUAACUGCUGACGGCUCGGCGGAUAUCUACUGCUAUAGGUGCAACGAGGAAAGGACCGACCCCGAUCUUGCUACACAUCUCGCUCAUUGGGGAAUCAACCUAGCGGGUCGAGAGAAAACGGAGAAGAGCCUGAUGGAAAUGCAGGUUGAACAGAACUUAAAGUGGGAUUUUUCGAUGACUGCUGAAGAUGGUCACGAACUCAAUCCAAUUUUUGGGGAGGGGCUCACUGGCUUGUCCAACCUGGGAAAUAGUUGUUACCUUUCCAGCGUUGUCCAGUGCCUCCUUGACCUGCCAGAAUUUCAACGCAGAUACUAUCAUCCUGGCGAACAGCCGCCUUUUUCCGAGAUGCCAGCUGCAGAUUUUGAGACCCAGCUACGGAAAUUGGCGGAUGGGACUCUCUCUGGCCGGUAUUCUCGACCAGAUAAGAAUGCGUUGGCUUCCUGUGAAUCACAUGACGUUUUGCAUCAGAGAGGCCUGGCGCCAUCGAUGUUCAAACAUCUUGUUGGCCGCGAUCAUCCUGAGUUCUCCACCAUGCGGCAGCAGGAUGCUUUUGAGUUUCUACUACAUGUCUUCAAGCACGUAACGUUAUCGAAACAUCCUGCUGGCUUGGAUAAUCCUGUCGACUCCUUUAAAUUCUGCUUAGAGCAACGACUGCAGUGCGAUAAGUGUAAGAAGGUCCGCUACAGGCUGGACGAGCAAGACAAUAUCUCGAUUCCGGUGCCCGCUCGCCGUAUUGGGUUUGCAGAUGAUGCAGGACACAAUAUUUUGUUCGAGCCUGUGACUCUCUUCGACUGUCUGAAUGUUUUUACUGCCGAAGAAAUUGUUGAUCUCCGUUGUUCAUCUUGCAAUAGCCAAGAAAGGUUUUCGAAGCGUUCGUCCUUCAGAACGAUGCCGGCACAACUGGUAAUCAAUGCGCGGCGUUUCGAGCUCAUUAACUGGGUACCCACGAAGCUUGAUAUCCCGGUCGAAGUCAAUGAUGAGCCCAUUGAUUUAACACCCUAUCUUUCCACCGGGCCAAAAGUUGAUGAAGAGAUUCUCCCCGAUGAUGAAACCUCGGGUGGUGGUUUCGAAGCGAAUGCGGACCUUCUAGGGCAGCUGCUCGGAAUGGGAUUUCCCGAAGUCAGGUGCGAAAAGGCCCUCUACUUGACAGGAAAUUCCGACAUGGAAGCUGCGAUGAAUUGGCUCUUGUCACACAUGGAUGAUCCUGAUGUAGACGAGCCUAUUCAUAAAAAGCAGCAUCCGGAGAAUGCGUCCAGCCCCGCGCAGGAUCCGGUCAAGAUAGCUCAAUUGAAUGAGAUGGGAAUUGAUGAUUCGCGUGCCAGACGAGCAUUGGCCGCAACAGGCGGCGAUAUCAACCGUGCAAUCGAUUGGGUUUUCAGUCACCCAGAUGAGAUAGCCGAUUCUAUCGAAGACUCACAGCCCAGUAGUAACCCUGGCGAGCAAGCAAGGAUACCUGGUUUUGAUACAACACCGGCAACUUAUCAGCUGCGAUCGAUCAUAUGCCAUAAAGGGUCGUCGAUACACGCAGGGCACUAUGUGGCCUUUGUGCGAAAGCAAUUGCCCGGAAAACCCGGUCUUUCGUGGGUGCUAUUCAACGACGAGAAGGUUGUGGAAGUGGACGACGUGCAGGAGAUGAAAAAGUUCGCCUAUCUGUACUUUUUUUCCAGGGUCUAGAUAAAAGAUCGGUCUCCUGGUGCGAGCCCCGGAUCUGCCAUCCGAUGGCAGUAAUCAUGUCAACUAUGCCGGUGCCUCAGGCAGUCCCGACAGGAAGCAGGAGGCCGCGCGACCGCCGCUCGGGAUCUGACCUGAUUAGGCCUACCCCUUUCGGUCAAAUCCCGAAUGACUCUCUUGGCAUCGCUGUACAUAAAAGACCCCUGGGAAUCGCUGGUCUUCCUGAUCCCCAGCGAUUCGUUUCUGAAUCAAUUAGCAUACAGCUCCUCCUUCCUCUUUCGUACAUCCUUCGUAGCUCGACAUCUCGUUGAUUGCUAGGACCUCGCUGCGGGUGUGAAGACCGACUGGCAUCCGCCCCCGAUCCGACCUCGCCGCUUACAGGUUAAUGAGUUUAUGCGUGAUUAUCUGGUGUGUGGUCAUAAUAUAAGGUCCCUGGCCUUUGUAAGGUUUGCAAGUAGUGUGAAAGGUAGUAAGUAAUAUGGGUAAAUAGGCGUAUUAGAAUUGUC